AUGAUGAUUCCUAGAUGGAAAUACAUCGGUAUAGCCGGUGGAUUCAUCUUCUUACUACACUUAUUGGCGUCCAUUCAUCCAACGUACCGAGCUACGACAUCGCCAUUCAAUCUCUUACCUUCAGGAGGGUGGAGAUCUGGUCAACCGCCUGACUCUGCUGUGCCCAAAUGGGCUGGCGAGGGAUUGCCUACUGCAGAUGAUCUAAGGGAUGAUGAGGCAUUGGAAGGCAGGAGGAAGGCCAAUGCUGUCUUUGUCGUUCUAGCGCGAAAUUCCGAUUUAUGGCCAUUCCUAGAUUCCAUGAGACAAAUGGAAGAUCGUUUCAACCAUUGGGCCAAAUACGAUUACGUCUUUCUAAAUGAUGAUGAUUUCUCGGAUGAAUUCAAGCGGUACACCCAAUCUCUCACUAAGGCGAAAUGUCAUUACGGUAAGAUCGAACCUGAUCAUUGGCAUCAACCUGAAUGGAUUGACGAAGAGAAAGCUACUAAAGCGAGAGAAGAGAUGAUUAGGAAGAAAGUAAUUUACGGUCAUUCGGUACCAUAUAGAAAUAUGUGUAGAUUCAAUUCAGGAUUCUUCUACCAACACCCUCUUUUGGCUGAUUACGAUUAUUAUUGGCGUAUCGAACCUUCCGUCAAGUUCUUCUGUGAUCUCAAUUAUGAUCCUUUCCUUGUUAUGCAAGACGAAAACAAAGUAUACGGAUUCACUUUGUCAUUAUACGAAUAUAUCGAGACUAUACCAACAUUAUGGGAUGCUGUGAAAGAGUUCAUUCAAGAACAUCCUGAUUACCUACCCGAAGGUAACGCGAUGCAAUUCCUAAGUGAUGAUGGCGGUGACACGUAUAAUAAAUGUCACUUCUGGUCCAACUUCGAGAUCGGUGAUCUCAACUUUUGGCGAUCCAAACCGUAUAUGGAAUUCUUCGAUUAUCUAGAUAAGAAAGGUGGAUUCUACUAUGAGAGAUGGGGUGACGCACCCGUACAUUCCAUUGGAGCAGCGUUGUUCGCCAAGAAAGAACAAAUCCAUUGGUUUGAAGAUAUAGGUUAUAGACAUGAACCUUUCCAACACUGCCCUCAAGGCGAAUCUCAUACAAGAGGUAAUUGCUGGUGUGAUCAAGGAAACAAUUUCGAUUUCGAAUGGUACUCGUGUACGAAGAGAUACGUUGACAUGUUCUGA